AUGGGCAAUAACGAAAAUAAUGCAAGAAAUAAUAUGGUGCCUCAAAAUUUUCGCGUAAAUUCCGUGCAACAACACAAUGAAGGGUUUAAAAAGCCAUGGUAUUUACAAUUAGAUAAAAAUGAUGUAACUUAUUUUUUUGAUUUAAGUGAAGAAGAAAUUAUAAAUGGAGGAAAAAGAAAAAUGGAUAUAGAUAUUAAUGAUAAUAAAAAUUUUGAUAAAGAAUUAAAAGAAAAUCCAUAUAAAAAAAUUGCUAUAGUAAAAAAGGAAUGUGAUAGAGAAAAUGAAAAUGAAAAAAAAAAAAUAGAAUCUAAUAAAAUAAAUCAGGAAAAUAAAAAAGAAAGAACUCAUGUUAAAAUAAAAGAAAUUGAUAACAAGGAAUCAUUAAUUUCAACAUAUUGCUAUUAUAGAGAAAUAAAUAAUAUAAGAAAUAAAUUGGUAACAAAUUACAAUAUUACUAAGUCAUAUAACUUAUUUUUAUACUUAAAUAUGUUUGCAAAAUAUUUAAACUGUAGUAAAAAAACUUCAGUAGAUAAAUUUCUAAGAAAUUUUAAUAAAAGAAGAUUUAACAAUAGUAAUAACAGAGGAUUAUUUAAUAAUUACAAAACUGAUAUAUAUGAAAUAGGUAUUUAUGAAAAAAAUAUUUUUACAUUUAAAUUACUAAAAAAAAACAAGAAAAUAGGAAAUAAGAUAUAUUAUGUAAGUGAAGAAUUAUUAAAUUUAGAGAUUGAUAAUUUUUUAGCAAAAUUUUAUCCUAUAAAAUAUAUAGUUAAAGAUAACCCUCUUAUAAAAAAUUAUCAGAGGCAAAUUAACCCAAAUCUUUCUAAAGAAAAACCAUUAACUUUUGGUUUAGUAUUAGACUUUGAUUAUAUUAGAGAAUGUUUUGAACAAAAUGAAGAAAGGUCUAUGGAGUUAUUAGAUUUUAUAGUUAUAUUAGAUAAAAUUUCUGAAGUUUUUAGAGAAAAUUGUUUAAUUAUUUACUUACAUAUAUCAAUAUUUAGUGAAAAUGGUAUUUUUGAAGGGAUAAAUAUAUAUAGGAAUACUUAUGAAUACUUAUUUGAAGGAUUAAAAAGUACAACAAAAUUAUUUGAAGAAAGGAAUAUAAAUUUAAUAACAAGAGUUCAUCCACUACAGUCAUAUAGAAAAAUAAUUAUAGAUUCCGAAAUGGAUAAUCCAAUGAUAAAAGAUGUGAAUAAAUUAUUUGAAAAUAAAGAAAUUGAUAAUAUUUUUUUGAUAACUAAUGAUAUAGAUGUAAUAUCAUAUUGUUAUAAAUCACGUCAUAAAAUAAAAUACAAAGAAAAAAAUAAACAAAAUGAUUACAUAAUAUCAUAUAAAAAACCUGUUAUUGUUCUUUCUUUUCUUAAUAAUUUACCAAUUAAAAAUAAUAAGAUUCAUCCCUAUUUAAAACUGGACAAGUUUUGUUAUAUAACUUUUAUUAUUAAAAGUUUAUAUCUAAGGUGUCAAGCAAAAAAUAUUGAAAAUAUUAAAAUGAAUAGUAAAGAAAAUAAAAAUUUAAUUGAAAAAUAUAUUACAAUGUAUAAUAUAAAAAAUAAAAAAUUAAAAAAAAAAAUUAAUGUCAUAUUAUUAGAUGAUAUUAUAUAUAAAAUUAAUUUUAAAAAUCAAAAUACAAUAAUAAAAGUUUCAAGUUUGCUGAAAAGGACUUUUUUACCAUUUUAUUAUCCAAUACAUUAUUAUAUAAAGGAAAAUUAA